UUUGUAAAUAAUUACACAUUUUAUUUUUAUUUCGUAUUUUAUCUUCGUUUUAUCUCUCAUCAGUACCAACUUUAAGUGGACUUGACUGACUUGCUAAUCUUCACACUACAAAUUAGCUUUCGUCAGAUUCUACCACAAUCGUCCCCUUUUACAUUUAAUUAAAUCCUUGUAACAUUUUAUAUUAUUGGCGUUUUAAAAUUUUGAGUGACGGGUAUAUUAUAUUUUAUUUUUCAAAGGGAAUUUUUUUUCGUUUCCUGUAACUAAGUUACACAUUCUCCACUUAAUCUUUUAAAUUUAUUCUCUUAAAUAACAUUUUACUCAGUCGCAGAGUAUAACAUUUGUUUCUCCUGUUUUGUACUCUUCUCAUUAUUCUCACCAAUUAUUCCCUUGAUGUGUAGUAAUAUAUCAAAUUUUGAUCGUUCUAAUCUAAAUUAUAAUUCAAAUUAUUAUUAAAUUAUCGAAAUUAUUGAGUAAAAUUACCUAAACUAUUGAAUAAAAUUAUCGAGUAAAAUUAUCGAAAUUGAGUAAAAAUUUUGGGGAAGAUGUUUGAGUGUAAAUUGGAUGGUAUGUUUUUGAGGCGUUUGUUUGAGUCUCUGAAGGAUAUUUGUGGCGAUGUCAGUAUUGACUGCUCAGACGAGGGUUUAACAAUGCAGGCGAUGGAUAAUUCGCACAUUUCACUCAUUCACCUGAAACUUUCGCCUGACUUUUUUCACCUCUACAGGUGUGACUUGCCCUGUAAUCUGGGCCUAAACAUCUCAUUCAUGCUUAAAAUCUUAUCCGUCGUCAAGGAAAAGUCACUCAUUUACCUCUCCAGAGGUGAUAUGACCGAAGAUCCCGUACUCAACAUCAGAAUCAUCGAAGACGUAGGAGCUAAUCUCACCCUCGAAUCGGAUUCGUUGGAGGCACAGGUGAAGUUGAUAGAGGUGGAUAGAGAGCAUUUGGAGAUCCCGACGUGUGACUACUCGUGUAAAUGUGUGAUGAACUCGAAGAAGUUCCAGGAGUUUGCAAAGUAUUUACACUCGAUUGGGGAGACAGUGACCAUAAGCAUGACCGAGAAUGAGAUGAGGCUGGAAACUGAAGGUGAAGGAAUAAGAGCAAGUAAACGGUUCCAUACCGACGUCGGAGAGGUCAGAGUCACAAGCCUUGAGAAUUUAUCACAAAUUUUCGCAACUCGUUAUUUAGUUCUCUUUUCAAAGGCGACGAAUUUGGCGGAACAGGUCUCGAUUAACUUAUCGGCUGGAAUUCCACUCUCUGUAAAGUUCGGGUUCGGUGAUGAAGAAGACUCAAGCUUCAUCAACUUCUAUCUCGCACCAAAUAUUGAAGAAUAAUAUAAUUAAUACAUUA